AUGAAGUCGGUUGUCUCCAUGAUUUCUCUUAUUCUCCUUCUCUCUUUUUCUUCGGCUGUUUUCUCAGACGAUGCAUCAUCUUUCCAGAACCUCACGGUGCCGGGACAGAGGACAGGCCCUGAAGCUUUCGCCUUUGACUCCACCGGAAAUGGUUUUUACACCGGAGUCUCCGGCGGUAAGAUUCUCAAAUAUUUACCGGGGAAGGGUUUCGCCGACUAUGGCUAUAUCACGGUAUCCUCGAAGUCGAAAUGGUGCGACGGAGUUCUUGGAACCACUCACAUCGGAAAAUGUGGCCGGCCGGCAGGAAUAGCCUUCAAUGACAAAACAGGAGAGCUCUACGUGGCCGAUGCUCCGUUGGGUCUCCACGUCAUCCCUCGCGGUGGGGGUUUAGCCAAGAAGAUCGCCGAUAGCGUUAACGGCAAGCCAUUCUUGUUUCUCGAUGGUCUCGACGUUGAUCCCACCACUGGCGUCGUCUAUUUCACUUCUUUCAGUUCCAAAUUUAGCCCUGGGGAUGUGUUGAAAGCAGUUGCAUCAAACGACGCUAGUGGAAAACUCUUCAAAUACGAUCCAUCAAAAAAGGUGGUGACUGUAUUGAUGGAAGGUCUAAGUGGCUCAGCCGGGUGUGCCGUGAGCUCAGACGGUUCGUUCGUGUUGGUUAGUCAGUUCACAAAGAGUAACAUCAAGAGGUAUUGGAUCAAGGGACCUAAAGCUGGCUCUUCUGAAGACUUCACCAACUCGAUCUCGAACCCUGACAACAUCAAGAGGAUCGGUUCUUCUGGAAACUUUUGGGUUGCUUCGGUUGUGAAUUCAGCCACCGGACCAACAUACCCUUCCGCGGUUAAAGUUAGUUCUGAUGGUAAGGUGCUUAAGAGAAUUUUGGUGACUGACAAGUUUGGGAAUACUUUGGUCAGCGAGGUUAAUGAAUUCAAAGGCAGUCUUUACAUCGGAACACUUUUUGGAACUUUCGUCGGAAUUCUUAAGCUUUGA